AUGGCGAUCGGCGGCCCCGAUGACGGCGCCGGCAGCAGAGCGAAGAAGCAGAGGGUGGAUGAGCAAGGGGACGGAAGCGAGGCGGUGGGUGCGGAUCCGAUCCCGGUGGACCACAUCUCGAUGCUGCCGGAUGACCUGCAGCGGCGCAUCCUGACGCACCUCACCCUCAAGGAGGCCAUCCGCACAGGGGCGCUCGCGCGCGGGUGGCGCGAUCUGUGGAGGAGCCGGUGGGACUGUGGCUCCGUCGAGGUGCGCCUCCACUCCCGCAACGACCCGCGGAGGGAGCUGGGCGCGUUGGAGCAGGAGCCGCCACCGCGCCUCCGCAUGGACCGUUUCUCCCUCGUCGCCGAGACCUCCUGGCUCAAGUCCUCGGAGCUCAGGCGCUUCAUCAGGUACGCCGCAGAUUGCCGCGUUGAGGAUCUCCACGUCGAGACGCGGAAGAGCGGCAAGAACAAGCUCAACUUCCACCUGCCACUAUCGAGCCGGACCCUCGUGUGCCUCUCGCUUCACCGCAUCAGCAUCUCCAACACGUACUACAGGGGCGCCCGGCAGUUCCGCGCUCUCGAGGCAAUCCGGCUCUACUCAGUCUCCAGUAAGGUGGGUUUCACAACGAUGAUGGAGCUGUGCCCUAGCCUCGUCACUCUCGACCUGCGCGGCUGCAACAUCCACUGCGACAUCCGCUACGACACUGGCACACGCUUAUUGUUAGUGCCGCGGACCGUCAAGAGUGUCACCGUUGCGGAGUGCGACGGGUAUUCCAAAAUGUGGCUGAUGCUCACGCGUAACCUCUGCUCCUUCCGCUACAGUGGCGACGUCUGCCGCGGGCUCUUCUACCUUCCAUGGGAGGGCAGCGUGCUUGCUGAUCUCUAUAUUCGGUCUGACAACCGGCUAGUAUCAAACCAGCACAAUAUCGAUAGUUUGACAUUUUCUAUCCCCAAGAAUAUACCAGGCCUCAACGUUCUCACCAUUUGUUGCAAUGCCCUCCAGCUCCCGGCUUUCAGUAACGAGCCCAUGGAAGGUCCUAUUGAUGAGGUGAGGGAAGAGCCACCUCAGGAUGGCUUUGACAACCUUGUGAUGAUAAAAGUCAUGAACUUCAAUUGGUGCUCUACUGAGGUGCAACUAUUGAGUUUUUUGUUGAGGAAAGCUAGCUCUCUGCGUAAACUAUUGAUAGUUUCUCCUAAUGUCACUCCGCUGGAUAUGCCUGGGGUACAAGAUGCAGACCUUUUGCUUCUGAAAGAAGCUUUAGCCAAUGGUAAGAUAAUGCUGAGUGAGUCUGACGAUGCUACAAUUCAACCAUAUCAUUCCGAGGCCUUUAUCAAGUUCUAG